CUCCUCCCCACCCCGACGUGUCGGCGGGCACGUCUCCACCACCCGGCCCGCCCGCCGCACGUCAGCCGCCCCGGCUCUACUUAAGGCGGCGGCAGCCUCCCCGCCCCGCCGCUACAGCCGCCGCCGCGCUCGGUUGAGGACGCUUGCAGUGCACCAUGUCUCUCAAGGAUCAGCUCAUCCACAAUGUCCACAAGGAGCAGAGUCAUGCCCACAAUAAGAUCAGUGUGGUUGGUGUGGGUGCAGUUGGAAUGGCCUGUGCUAUCAGCAUCCUGAUGAAGGACUUAGCUGAUGAACUUGCCCUUGUUGAUGUUGUGGAGGACAAGCUCAGAGGAGAGAUGCUAGAUCUCCAGCAUGGCAGCCUUUUCCUUAGAACACCAAAGAUCGUCUCUGGCAAAGAUUACAGUGUGACUGCACACUCCAAGCUGGUUAUUGUCACUGCUGGUGCCCGUCAGCAAGAAGGGGAGAGCCGCCUUAACUUGGUCCAGCGCAAUGUGAAUAUCUUCAAAUUCAUCAUUCCCAAUGUUGUUAAAUACAGUCCUGACUGCACGCUGCUUAUUGUCUCAAACCCAGUGGAUAUUUUGACCUAUGUGGCCUGGAAGAUCAGUGGCUUUCCUAAACACCGUGUUAUUGGUAGUGGCUGCAAUCUGGACUCUGCCCGUUUCCGCCACCUCAUGGGAGAAAGACUGGGUAUCCAUCCUCUGAGCUGCCAUGGAUGGAUUGUUGGAGAGCAUGGAGACUCCAGUGUACCUGUUUGGAGUGGGGUGAAUGUUGCUGGCGUCUCCCUGAAGGCUCUUCAUCCAGACUUAGGAACUGAUGCAGACAAGGAACACUGGAAGGAGGUCCAUAAGCAGGUGGUGGACAGUGCCUAUGAGGUCAUCAAACUGAAGGGGUACACAUCAUGGGCUAUUGGCCUUUCUGUGGCAGAUCUAGCUGAAACUAUUAUGAAGAAUUUGAGAAGAGUGCACCCAAUCUCUACAGUUGUUAAGGGCAUGCACGGAAUAAAAGAUGAUGUCUUCCUCAGUGUUCCUUGUGUACUGGGCAGUAGUGGCAUCACUGAUGUAGUGAAAAUGAUCCUAAAGCCUGAGGAAGAGGACAAAUUAAGGAAGAGUGCAGAUACACUCUGGGGAAUCCAGAAGGAACUACAGUUUUGAAUCUGCCCAGGCAGUUCACUUUUUGCAGUUUAACAAGUUUAGUGAGUAGUUUGUCUUAUGUUGCACUUUCCAAGUAGGUCAAAUCUUUCAAUGUAUGUAUCUCAACUAGAACACACACAAAGCUCAAAUCUGAACAAAUGAGUUUCCUCAAGGUAGCAUUAGGAAACUAAUUCUAGGCUUUUCCCUGUUCAGACACCCAUAUUAUUAGCCAGAGCUAGAUAACCUAGUCAGUCUUGUACAAUGAAGUGGUGUGACAGAAAUCCAGCAUCAAAGCAGAGCACACUGCCUAGAAAACCCUUUGCCUUUUCCUCAUCUUGUUUAAUGUUGGUUCAGAACAAUAAGUAACUAAUAUUACACAAUGUGAAACCAAAGACUAUUUGCUUGCAGUUAGAGGACUGUCAAGCCAAUUGACCAACCUUCUCUGCUGGCUGAAUAGCUUAAAUAUUUCACUGUUGGUAGGUCCAAAUGUAUUUUCCUAACCCCGCUCUGGAAUUUUUGUGUAUACUUUUUUUUUUUUAGAGAAGCUUAUUUUUGCGUACUAUGUCAGCCGAGUUGUAAGUUCGUCUCCUGAGCAUGUUUAAAAAAAAAGUUAAGGUUUCCAUAUGCAACAAGACAGUAACUGUCCAACUGUAGUACCAGCUCCAACACCAAAUAAACCACAAACUCUUA